CCUUUUCCGUUUAUUUAGUUCAAACUUUUAGAGUGACCUGGGGGCUCGUAGGUUGAAAGAGAAGAAGACUAAAUUGGAGGUGGAGAAACCCUCAAUCUGGAGGUGAAUGGCGAGGGUUCCAACUCAAAGGAAGCAGUCUGGCGAGGACAUGCAGGGGCUCUUGAAUAACUUACACGAUUGGGAGCUAUCAUUCAAGGAUAAACACAAAAACAUUAAAUCGAAGUUGAGAGAAGACGAGACUGGGACACAAGGAGUUGGCAAAUCCCGAAAUCCUGCUGCUCCAUAUAUUAAUUACAAUCCAAUUACCCAUCAUCUAUCUGAAGAGAGUAGCAUUGACGCCAAUUCAGAGAAAGAGCUGGGUAAUGAGUUGUUUAAGCAGAAAAAGUUCAAUGAAGCCAUUGAUUGCUAUUCUAGAAGCAUUGCACUUUCACCAACUGCAGUAGCUUAUGCCAAUAGAGCCAUGGCUUAUCUUAAGAUUAAAAGGUUUCAAAAGGCAGAGAACGACUGCACAGAGGCCUUGAAUCUCGAUGAUCGCUACAUUAAAGCUUAUUCUCGCCGUUCAACUGCUAGGAAACAAGUUGGGAAAUUGAAAGAAUCAAUUGAAGAUGUUGAGUUUGCCUUGAGGUUGGAACCACAGAACCAAGAGAUCAAGAAGCAGCAUACAGAAGUUAAGGCUCUAUAUGAGAAGGAGAUUCUUAAAAGAGUAUCAGGAGCAACAGGAGUUUUUGCACAAGGAGCUCAAAACUCUGGAAAUACAAUUAAAUCUGGCCCUGUAAUCCAACCUGUUUCAAGUAGUUCUCAAAAGGUGGCUGAAGUUCCGAGAAUUCCUACCAAGGAAAACAAUAGAGAUGUUCCUGGGACUGCUAUGGAAGUUGAAGAUACUCAUAUUCAGAUUAACAGCAAAGAUUUAGAUGCUUCCAGGACCUUGUUGAAAGCAUAUGGUAGGGUUACUACAAAAAAAACUCACAAAACUAGCAAGCAAGAACUCAAGGAAUCUGUCCAAGAUCUUGCUGCUCGAGCAGCUGCUCUUGCCAAGGCUGAAGCUGCAAAAAGUAUUGCAGCACCAAAUUCAGCCUAUCAGUUUGAGGUUUCUUGGCGGGGACUUUCUGGUGAUCGUACUCUGCAAACUCAGUUAUUGAAGGUCACUUCACCUGCAACGUUACCCCGAAUAUUUAAAAAUGCAUUGUCUGCUCCAAUGCUCAUGGACAUUGUAAGAUGUGUUGCCACAUUUUUCAUUGAAGAUAUGAAUUUAGCAAUUAGAUACCUGGAAAAUCUGACAAAGGUCCCAAGGUUCGACAUGAUCAUCAUGUGCCUUUCAUCCAGUGAUAAAUCUGAACUUUUCAAGAUAUGGGAAGAGAUCUUCUGUAAGGGAGCUGCGGAGCACACUGCUACCCUUGGUGCGCUUUGCUUCAAGUAUGGCCUAAAACAAUGAUGGAGCUUUUUCUGGUGCAAUUAAUGUGGGAAAGCUGACAUUCUUGUAUUAUUAUCAGAUUGUUGUAAUUGUACAAAGCGAACAUGUUACGUGGAUACAGUUUGUUACUGAAAUGGGAAUUUUCUUGUUGAAAUUCUGUACUGA